AUUCUCGGAACGCCCCGCUUUACCCCCUUUUCUAUUUUUAUAUUCUUCUCUUUUACAAGGUCAUUUUCGUCAAAUUACAUCCUCCAACCAAUAACAGUUUGGUCUGUAUCCUUCGAUUUGCCCUUUUCUUUCCUCCCUUAUCCUAAUCCUCUCUUCACUCUUUCACUCCAAACAAAGGAAGAAAAGAAAGCAAAGGAAGAAGAAAAAUGGCUUGUUCAAGUCUCUCAACACUUUCUCUCCGUUUCCUUUCUUAUCCUCCACCCACAUCCUCUUAUCCUACGCAGCCUCUCCUUUUCAAAACCCCUUCUCUCCAAUUCCCUCUCCGUUCCACCGCUCCCUCGAACCUCACCCACCGUACCAACUUACUCCGUCCUCUCAAUGCCACUGCAACACCUGAAAAGAUCGAAAAACUCGGCGCUGAAAUCUCCUCCCUAACUCUCGAAGAAGCCCGAAACCUAGUCGACUAUCUCCAAGAGAAACUCGGAGUCUCUGCCGCUGCAUUUGCCCCCGCCCCCGCCGCUGUCGCUGUUGCCGCUCCCGGUGGUGCCGAUGCUGGAGCUGCCGUUGUCGAGGAGAAGACGGAGUUCGAUGUGGUGAUCGAGGAGGUUCCUAGCAAUGCAAGGAUUGGGGUGAUUAAAACCGUUAGGGCUCUGACGAACUUGGGUUUGAAAGAAGCAAAAGAUUUGAUUGAAGGGUUGCCGAAGAAGUUCAAAGAAAAAGCUUCAAAAGAGGAGGCUGAUAAAGCGAAGAAACAACUUGAAGAGGCUGGAGCUAAAGUUUCUAUUGCUUAGAAUUACCUUUUCAAGGUUUUUUUUUUUUUUUUAGAUUUUGUUUAAGUACUUUUUUGUAAGAUUAAU